AUGGCUCCAUUCCUGCAAUGGCUAAUGUUUUUCUGCGCAUGGACAAUUCACUUUACAAAUGGACAAGAUGAAGAGCUUCCAUCUGGCAAAAUCGACUUUCACUUCAAAACACUUGACGACAAGUUUGUUGUCCGAAAAAAUGCGACCUUUUUGAAGGACAACAACGGAAAAGCUGAUAUCACAAUCUAUAUGAGCGAUCAGGAUUAUGAAAAAAAAACCCGAACUUUCCUUAAAUUAGAGCUGCUAAUCAACGAUAAAACGUACGAAUUCGCGGCUGAGGACUGGCUCUACAAUGAUCUCGAAUUCCAAUCGGUUGAAUUUGAUGGAAAAUGGGUUCUCGUGACUUCGGAUUUCCUGGAAUUGGGCUUCAAAUACAACACGAGCUCUCCCGAUUUUGAGUUGACAGUCACAGAGACAACGAUGCCUGAGACUUGUACCUGCCUGCAACAAUUCGACUACAACUACCCAUACAAGACUGAUCCUAAAAAGUAUGCGAAAGACUUCACCACUGCCACGUUGGACAUUAUCAAACCAAAGGAGUGUCAAUUCACUUCGUGUGUCUGGUUUUUGGGCGAUGGAACCAAAGAAGAGCAGGACGAUUUGGUGCUCACUUUUAGCGGGAAAUUCGAUCCCGUUGACCAGUUUUUCGUCAAAGUCGACAAUGGCACUGUGGAAAGCUUUAAAUCGAGCUCAAAAAACAAUCAGCACAUCACCGUUUCUCCAAAGAACUUCUUCACAGUUCAUUUCAUUGCGGGAGCCAAUCCGAAAACGGAACGCCAUCUCAAGCUGCAAUAUAAUUACACGAGAAUCAUCUCACCCAUGGAGGAUCCUAAUUUUAUCACUGAA